AGAUUACGCAUCCCUUCCCUGGGCCCUGUGCGCGAGCGUGGCCUGAAGGGGCGGGGGGAGUCGCGAAAGUGCGGUCGGGCCACACAAGGCCACGCCGGUCGCCUCCCUACAUCGCACCAGCAACCGGUCCCAGCGUGCGGGCCUCGGGGAGGAAUGGCAUUCGUGCUGCUGAAGCGUUGCGGGCGAAGGGCUUCCUGUCUCUCCAGACAGCUGCGUUUGGAGCCUGACCCUGGUCGCUUGGAAAUUCAUGCUUGUUCUAGCUGUUUGCCCCUGAGGCUUGUUCAUUUUAAAUAUUGCACUAGUGUCUCCCCUGUUUACAUUUACACCGCAAAAAGCAGUUAUAUUAGGACUGAAGGAUCUGAACAGAAGCUCUUUUCAACAUGGAGAUCACCUGACUUGUGUUCACUGCUUACUACAGGCUUCAUGGGACACCAUUAUUUUUCAAUACGACAGUGGCAUUCUUCACAACCCAGAUAUGACGACUCUAUGAUAGAAAAAUCAUUGAAAUCUCUCAAGGAUAGAAAUAAGAAGUUAGAAGAAGGAGGCCCUGUAUAUAGUCCAACAGUAGAAGAAAACUUAGUUAAAAAGUCUCUUGGGCAGAGGGUUGUUGAUGAACUGAAGCACUACUAUCAUGGCUUUAGAUUGUUAUGGAUUGAUACAAAAAUUGCUGCAAGGAUGCUCUGGCAAAUUCUUCAUGGCAAUGCUUUAUCCCGUCGAGAACGAAGACAGUUCCUUCGGAUAUGUGCUGAUCUUUUUCGGCUGGUUCCUUUCCUUGUCUUUCUUGUUGUUCCAUUCAUGGAGUUCCUGCUUCCAGUAGCCUUAAAACUAUUCCCCGGUAUGCUUCCUUCAACGUUUGAGACAAAGCCCAAGAAGGAAGAAAGAUUGAAGACAGAACUAAGAGUGAAGCUUGAAGUGGCUAAAUUUCUUCAAGAUACUAUUGAAGAAAUAGCCUUAAAAAAUAAAGCCGCUAAAGGGAAUGCUACGAAAGACUUUUCAACAUUUUUUCAAAAGAUCCGUGAGACUGGUGAAAGACCAAGUAAUGAGGAAAUUUUACGAUUCUCUAAACUGUUUGAAGAUGAAUUAACCCUUGAUAAUCUCACAAGACCCCAGUUGGUUGCUCUCUGUAAACUACUGGAACUUCAGUCAAUUGGAACAAAUAACUUUCUUCGCUUUCAGCUGAUAAUGAGGUUGAGAUCUGUAAAAGCAGAUGAUAAACUGAUAGCGGAGGAAGGUGUGGAUAGCCUGACAGUUAAAGAGCUACAAGCCGCAUGUCGAGCAAGAGGUAUGAGAGCGCUUGGUGUGACUGAAGAACGUCUGAAGGAGCAACUUAAGCAGUGGUUAGACUUGCACCUGAACCAGGAAAUUCCAACUUCACUACUUAUUUUAUCCAGAGCUAUGUACCUUCCAGAUACACUUUCACCAGCUGAUCAGCUUAAAACAACUCUGCAAAUACUACCUGAAAGUGUGGCCAAAGAAGCUCAAGUGAAAGCAGCAGAAGUGGAAGGCGAAAAAGUUGACAAUAAAACCAGGCUGGAAGCAACUCUUCAAGAAGAAGAAGCUAUCAGGAAAGAAAACCAAGAAAAGGAGUUGGAAAGGAUGUCAGAAGCUGCUGAAAAGGCCAAAGAGACUCUUCAAGUUGCAGCCAGGGAGGUGGAGUCUGCAGUAGACUUGGAUGCUUCAGCUGUACAUAUAAAGAAAAGCCAGAUAGCUGUGGAUACUGAACAAGAACUGGCAAAGGUGGAUUUAACCCUACAUUCAGAGACUUUGAAAGAUACAGCACCAGUAUUGGAAGGCAUUAAGGGUGAAGAAAUAACCAAAGAAGAGAUUGACCUGCUGAAUGAUGCUUGCACCAAGUUGAAGGAACAAAAGAAACUGCUAACAAAGGAAAAGGAGGAGCUUGAAGAGCUCAAGGAUGAUGUGCAGGAAUAUAAUGAGGAUUUGCAAGAGAUUAAGGAAUUGUCUAAGACUGGAGAAGAAGAAAUAGAAGAGUCUAAAGCAAGCAAAAGAUUGACUAAAAGAGUGAACCGAAUGAUUGGGCAGAUUGACAAAAUUAUCCAAGAGUUAGAGAUGGACCAAAAGGUGGUGGAUAUACAGAUGGACAGUGGUGCUAGCCCUCCCAUUGGGGAGAAUCUCAUCAGUAUCCAUGAACUUAUAAAUAUAAUGAGGAAGAUUCAGAAGAUUCCAGAAAGUAAACUGAGUAGACUUGCUGAAGCACUGGAUGACAAUAAAGAUGGCAAAAUUGACAUUGAUGAUGUUGCUAAGGUAGUAGAGCUGAUUGACAAAGAAGAUAUUGACAUUUCAACUAACCAAGUAGCAGAGAUUGUGUCACUGUUACAAAAGGAAGAAAAACUGGAAGAAAAAGAGAAGAGUAAAGAAAAGGCUGAGAAGGAAGCUAUGGAAGUGAAGAAUUAGUCUUCAUUUUGAUUUCAAGGCUAAACUAAGUGGAACAUUUUAUGUACCUUUUCCAUAGGCCAUUAUUUGUGAGAUGACAAACAUACUUGAUCUGUUGGCAAAUGCGGGGGGUGGGGUCACUUCUGGAGUGGCAGAAUGAAAUUUUUCUCUCAAAAGGGUAAUUUAUCAUUCCAUGAAGAUGAACAGUUUGGGUCUUAUAAGAAUUUAUUCCUUCUUGUGGAAUCAGGUGCACUCUCUAUGGUUAUUCAGUAAGUGUUUAUUGAAGUAAGCUAUAUCGCUUAUGGUUAUUCAGUAAGCUUACUGAAUAACUGCUAUGGUUAUUAAGUAAGCUAUAUAGACUCCAAAUCAUGGUACAACUUAGGAAUUUCCAUAUAUGGCAAGAAGUUAACUUUUUAACUCCUUGUGUGGCAUGAAGUUAAGAUUUGUAUAGAAUUACUACCAGUUUAGAGACAAUCCAAAAGAUCUCUUAAAAAAACCUUAAUUAUAAACAUUUUAAAUGGGAUUUUAAAGGGCCUACCUUGUUGGUUAUGUGUUGGCUCUGAAAGUGCUAACUACAUCAUGUCAAGAAAUUUCUUACCCCUCCCCCCCCCGCAAUAGUUUUGUGGUUGAUGAGGCCAGUUUCACAUUAUUAAAUAUGCAAAAAGCAGGUACAAAAUGGGAUAUAGUAUCAUACACACACAUCCUCUCAGAUCGGCAAAAUUAACUGCAUUUUGAUUCUCAUCAUGUAUCCAUUCUCAUUGUUCCCCUGCACCUUUCAUGUGAAAAUGUUUCCACUCUUCGCUUCCAUCACUUUUAAAAGCCAUCAUUCACCUGGCAAUCUCAGCAACUCUAGCCUCCUCCAUUCCCUUACCUAUUCAAUUUUAUAUCAACAUUAUCUGGAAAGGUAGUCAUCGUGAUAUGCUGCCAGAGGUGGUGGCGGUAUUCAAAAGGGACUUAAGCUUUAACCAGAUAAACAAGCCCAAGUCAUUGCAAAAUUUUGACGGUUAACAAAAUAUUAAACUUUAACUCAUUAUAUCUGAAACCUUCCCUGAAGAUUGGCUUAUUUGGGUUCCUCAAAGCAUGGGAAUUAAAAACCCUUUUUGACCAAGGGAAUUAUCAUAUUAAAGCAUUGAGGAAAUGAGUCUUUAAAUGUUCAAAAUAAAGAGGGCAUAUGUUUAAAUAUGUGACUAAAAAGAAAACAUCCAUUAUAUUUCAGUUUUUGUGUUAAUUUGAGAUUCUGGAAACUAAUGUUUCUCUGUACCUGAAUACUACUUGUAAAAUAAUGAAUGUUUCCAAUCACUUGAUUUUCAUUUCAGUAAAACAAGGAACCUCAUACAAAAA